AUGUCUUGUAAAGUCAUUUAAUAAAUUAAUGUUUCCAAAUCCAAUUCCGUAAUCUAAAUAAAGAGGUAUAUCGUAACCUAGUCGAGGACAGCCCGUUAGAGUUAUAUUCAAGAAGAGAAGGCUAGACAAAUAGAUAGGGAGAAUCAAAUGCUUUUUCAAAAAAUUUUAGGCAUUACAAUGAAAUAAAGAAAUUGUUCUACAACACCUACAAAAAGCACAUUAAAUUAUAAAAACAGAAAAGACUUUCAAUAGAAAAUAAUGGAUGAAAAUUAAAAAUUAUUCACCAGAAUAAAAUAACAAACAUCAUAUUACAAAAUUUAGAAAUCAUAAACAAAAUCAUUAUCUAAAUAAAGAGCAAAUUCGUCUGUAAAUAUUAAAAAAUAUAUAAAAUAGUAUUUGCCAAGUAAGAAAUUAUAAGAAUUAUAUUAGAGUAAAUUAGAUUAAGGUGGUUUAAUUUAUAAAAUAAAGAUUAUUAUAGAUGGAUAGUAUAAAUAUUUAAUUUUUUAUAGAUUAUUUAAAAUAAUGGCAACAACAGAAGAACAAUCUUAUACAAGAGUAUUAGAAAUGAUGAAAAGUGAUGGUAAUAUAGUGUUUAAAUGAUUAGGAAUUCUAUUAUUGAAGAAUGUAUUUCAGAAUGAUUAUCAAAAAUUAAUAGGAAGUUUAUAAAUUUCAGAUAAGAUUACAAUCAAAGGGAUUGAAUUAAUAGAGAAUCAUGGUAAUUUUGGUUGA